UCACCGUACGCCAAGAUGGCGGACGUGCCCUUCCGCCCGCACUUCCGGCCCCGCCCGCGCCCUCGCCCUCUGGGCCCGGAUUGGCCCCGGCAGCGGCCCGUCGCGUCGCGCUGCGGAACCGUCGGAGCGACGCCGCGCUCAGUCGGCGGCCGGAGACGGAAGAUGGACGCAGCUACUCUGACCUACGACACUCUUCGAUUUGCUGAGUUUGAAGAUUUCCCGGAGACCUCAGAGCCUGUGUGGAUACUGGGUAGAAAAUACAGCAUUUUCACAGAAAAGGAUGAGAUCUUGUCCGAUGUGGCGUCCAGACUUUGGUUUACAUACAGGAAAAACUUCCCAGCCAUUGGGGGCACCGGCCCCACCUCGGACACGGGCUGGGGCUGCAUGCUGCGGUGUGGACAGAUGAUCUUUGCCCAGGCCCUGGUGUGCCGCCAUUUAGGCCGAGACUGGAGGUGGACACAGCGGAAGAGGCAGCCGGAUAGCUACUUCAAUGUCCUCAACGCUUUCAUCGACAGAAAGGACAGUUACUACUCCAUUCACCAGAUAGCACAAAUGGGAGUUGGCGAGGGCAAGUCCAUCGGCCAGUGGUACGGGCCCAACACCGUUGCCCAGGUGCUCAAGAAACUGGCUGUCUUCGACACCUGGAGCGCCUUGGCAGUCCACAUAGCAAUGGACAACACGGUGGUGAUGGAGGACAUCAGAAGGUUGUGCAGAGGCAGCCUUCCGUGUGCGGGGGCCGCCGCGCUCCCCCCGGACUCCAGCCGGCACUGUAACGGCUUCCCUGCGGGAGCUGAGCUCACCAAUAGGCCGGCACCGUGGAGACCCCUGGUGCUUCUCAUCCCCCUGCGCCUGGGGCUCACGGACAUCAACGAGGCCUACGUGGAGACCCUGAAGCGCUGCUUCAUGAUGCCCCAGUCCCUGGGAGUGAUUGGAGGGAAGCCCAACAGUGCCCACUACUUCAUCGGCUACGUUGGUGAAGAGCUCAUCUACCUGGACCCUCACACGACGCAGCCAGCGGUGGAGUUCACCGACAGCUGCUUCAUCCCGGACGAGAGCUUCCACUGCCGGCACCCGCCGAGCAGGAUGAGCAUCGGGGAGCUCGACCCGUCCAUUGCCGUGGGGUUCUUCUGUAAGACUGAGGACGACUUUGAUGACUGGUGCCGACAAGUCAGACAGGUGUCGCUGCUCGGAGGCGCCCUGCCCAUGUUUGAGCUGGUGGAGCAACAACCUUCGCACCUGGCCUGUCCCGACGUCCUGAACCUGUCCUUAGACUCUUCUGACGUAGAGCGAUUGGAAAGAUUCUUUGAUUCAGAAGAUGAAGACUUUGAAAUCUUGUCUCUUUGAAAAUCCUGGAGUUGGGGGACGGUAUCCACUGGCCCUCCCUGGGGGCACCUUCGAGAGCCCGGCCCUGCCUCGGGGCGCUUGGCGCCGCCGCAUUUCAUCCAUCCAGCCUGCCCGUCCGCUGAAUGCCUGUGCCCCGUGCCGCCUCCGCCCGCAGACGGAGGACUGCCCUGUCCCGGAGGCCUUCCUGCGAGCCCCAGGGCUGCGCAGGCCUGGAGGGCUCGUCAGGCUCCCGGGCACAGAGGAGGAGCUGCCCGCGGGAAGCCCCGUGCAGCCGGUCAGGAGCUCCUGAGAGCAGAGCCUUCCACACCUCCCAGAGCUCUCCCUGCGACACUGCCAGCCCUGCACUCGCCUCUGCCCUGCUUCCCCCUGGGCGCUCGGUUCUGGGUUUGCUUGUUUCAAGUUACAAGGACAUGCAUCUCUGUGGGGCGUGUCCCUAGUCAGUCUCCGAAGACCUGCAGGGUGGGCGUGUGCGGGGUGGUGCCUGUGGACUCAGCCCGGCGAGCUUGUCAAGGGCUACCUCAGUGGGGGAUCAGAUGGAAAGAAUUCUGGCAAGGUUUCUCCUUGCUUUGGGGAGCAAAGUAGUGAAGUGGUGGGCGUGGUGGAAAUCCAAAGAUGUCACCGAGCGUGCAUGUGACUCGCUAGGACAGGGACAUGCCUGCUCUCCCGGAGCCGCAGGUAAAGCCCGAGUGGGAUGCGCCUUUCUCACGCCUCCUUUGCGGGCCCCGCGUGCUGCCGCUUGCUUGUCGCACCAGCUUCCCCUGGGUCAGGGGUCUGUGGCCCUCAGGCCUGGGGGGAGGGGGCGCGGCACGCUGCCAUCCAGGGCCUUCCUCCCGGUCACCAAGGCUUUGGAUGGUUUGGGGCCAGAGGGUAAAUAAAGCCCACAGCUUGACGCGUGAGCCCGGCGCCCCCAUCCCUCUGUGUACCAGUCAGAGACGUUUCCAGACCCUUGUCAGCACUGACGUCAGCACCUGCGGCCGUUAGCCCGCGUACUCGAGGCCCAAACUGCACCACUCCCACCCGGGUUUGCCGUCCGUCCUGGAAGACUGGCUUCUGUCCCACCGGCAGCGUAAAGGGGCUCUGGGGGGCUCGGGUGGAGGUGAUGGCCUCUCCCAGAGCGCCUCCACUCGCAGCCUCCUCCAAGCCCUUGCUUGUGCGGGCGGGCGGGCUGGCGGGGCUGGAGCACACGUCUGCCCCGGGCCUGCUCGUCCUGCCGGCCCAUGUGUUGCCCACAUAAGCGAUUUCCUUUUUCCCUUCUGUUCCCUGCGCCCCGUCCGUGAGGUCAAGUUGGGGGAGCAGGGAAGGUUGGCCGGUGUCCACUGCCCCAGCGCUGCAUUUCUCCGAAGGAACAAAUGUGCUGCCGCGCCGCGGGCUAGGGGCCAGGGGGUGUUGGCAGCCCCUGCAGCUGGUACAAACUGGGGACAUGGGCGACGGCCUGACCCACAGGGAGCUUUGUCUCGUGUGUUUUGGAAAAGGCUUACUGAAGAGAAUGUCGUUCAUUCUCCGUAGUGUAGUUUGCAAUUCCUAAUGGCAAAUAAUAAGUUUCAGUAGAAAACG